GUUUAUUCUUGUUUGUUUGUUUAUAAACAUCGGAAAUGUUUUGUAUUAACAGUGAAUAAUGAUAAUAUUAAUGCUACCCAAGAUGUUGUCUAUAAUAAAAUACACGCCAUUACUCUGUCUCAUUUAUCUGAAUUUUGUUUUUGCUAUUGAUACCUCAGAAAAUGAAAUUGAUGAUGGUCAUGUUUAUCAAAAGCAUGCAAAGUAUCCAGCAAGUGCAAUUCAAGAUGAAGUCGAUAUUCUUCAGCUGCUCAAUAUCUCAUCAAAGGAUCAAGGUGUUUCUUCAGUAGAAGGUCCAAUCCGAAAUUUUCCGGCAUAUAAAUUUAGACUACCAUACGGAAACGUUCUUUUAUCCAAUGCCACCAACGUCACUCUAUCCAUGAACAAUCCCAAAGGGUUCACAGCAAUUUUUCUAAUAAGACAGCAAAAAAAUAAUUUGGGAACUCUCAUGUCGGUGAAUUCUCCUGGAAGACUGAGUCCAUGGUUUCAAGUAAUUUCAAACUCGAGAAUAGGUGUGCUUACAGUAAAGUACAGACUGAAGGGAAUGAGUAAGAUCAAACAAAUUGAUUGGGGGUUGCCUAAGCAUCAUCGGAAGUCUCCUAUGGCAGCAUGGACUUGGCUUUCAAUCUCCUUUGAUCCCAAGGACGGCAUUAUCCGAUUAGAUUUGGACUGCGAUCCGAGCAGAUUCGAAACAAUAAAGCAGAAAAAGCAUUUGGGCAACUUCAGUGUUCCUUUUGACUCACUUGUUUAUUUUGGACAAGAACCAGGGCGAAAGAAAAAGUUUUUGGGAUCCAUCCAGGUUGCAAAAGUCUUACCGUACAUUUUAGAACAAAGGCUAUGGUCUUGCGUGCAGAUAGCUACCAAUCUUUCUCCUGAGUUUAGAAAACCAGUCUCCUAAAUAAUUGGUCUUUGUCAACAAUAUUUAAAUUCACAAUCCUAAUCCAUGGUCCUACGUUUUUAUUAUUUUUUUUUUAUUCUACACAUCCACUAUUGGGUGCUUUAGAUAACAGGCACAAAUCCACGCUUCUUACCCUCGAUUAUAAGAUGUAGAAUUUUUUAUUUUUUUUAUUUUUUAAUGAUGAUUUCAUACACUUAUUCCCAUAUAUGUAGGCUUGUCAUUAUAUGUUAUUAGCUAAUCCAAAUCAACGGGUCCCAUUAUUUUAAAGACUGAAUUGGCAAGAGACUAUAGAAAAUUGCAAGAGAAAAAUCAGUGGUACCUUGUUUUAAAGGUUCUUUUCUUGUCUUAUAUUAUUAUAUUUUAUUUUACGAACUUCAACAAAAACGAGUCUUCUUACGAACGAAUGAGUUAAUUGUUCUUCUGGAAUUUUUUCUUUUUCUAUUUUAAAUCUUUACUCGAAAUAGUCGCAUUUUGCUUUUUCUGUGUGGAAUAAAUAAUAAGGAAUAUUAAAAAAUAUGAAAAAAGCCGUUAUCAAUAUUUUCCACCCACAUUUUUUAAAGGACAAGCUACUUUACAAAUAAAAAAAAGUUAGACUACUACUGUAUAUAAAAGUGAUCUCAAUAGUGUCAGUUAUUGAUCUGUACUUGGCGAACAAAUUGAUUUGGAGGACUACCAUCUAUAAAUUUAACUUAUCAAACAAAUUAACCUAAUCAUUAGUUGAAAACUUGUUCACAAGCACGGUAAAUCAAUCAGAGAAGAAAAUUAACUGCCGAGAGGGAAAUUCAGGCACAGUAACCUAAAUACUCAGUGUAUUCGUAAGUAAAACGGAAAUCAAUCAAAACUCUUCUGCAACAGCCCUUACAUAAGUAGAUGUCGGGUCAUUGAACAUUGUAAUACCCCUUUAAAUGAUACAAAUCGCUGUCUCAGGCCGGAUCGGACAAAACUGAAGCGAAGUUCUUCAUCGGCGAAGAGAAAUUGAAAAUACAGUCGUUUACUUUUGUUUAGUCGUUUGUCGGUAAAUCAAUACAGUUCAAAAGGAGUUGAAAGCUGAUGUAUACCACGUACUUACCCCACCAAACCUUCCGACGCCACUAUGGACAAGUACGGUCGGUGUCCUGGUAAUAUUACUAUAGAGUGGUGGAACGAAGUUGUAUUGGAAUUUUUACCAUUAAAUAAAAUACCCAGCUUACUAAAAUUUUUACCGGCAAUACUGGUGAACUUCGAUCUCGAAGGGACACGCUUCAUUGAAGUAGUUAAUAAAAAGUAAAUAUUUAUUAAUUUUACCAACACGGGGUGGGGUACUAACCGUAUUCUCUUUAAUUUUUUUUGUUAUAUCUUUUUUAUUUCUCUUUACCGACGUAAGCCAGAGAAGAGCCCUUCCAUGUUCUAUAAUAUACCGUCUUCACGCGUAUCUUUUGGUGCGUGUGCGCGUGGUGCGAAUUUUGUUGAAUAUGAAGUAGAUAUUUUAAAACAAAAAAUUUUUUUAAGAAAGAGUGGGUGUUAUUCAAGCAUUAGGGAGAAAAUACCAGUUCUGAUAAAUCCCUAAUGUUCUUGGAUUCGGAUUUUGGCAAAUUGAGCAGUUUCUUUAUCGUAUAGGCGACCAAGUACCUUAAGUUCGAAAUAAAGGUGGUUUUGGACAGUUAAGGUAGUCGACUAAAUAAAAAAUAAAAAUGGUCUAAUGGAUAAGAAAAUUUACACCGGGAUCGUGUUGGGCUAAUUAGCGAUUGUUUAAAACGUGUACGUAAUGGUUUUUGUGAGUCUGUUUUCUGAUCUAAUCAAUUAUUUAACAUACGAAUGACCAGGCACAUCGAUAAAUUGACAUUAUCUAGUUGAAUGAAUAAAGUUACCGUCACUAACAGCCUUAUACUACUUCUAAAGAGGUUACUUACAAUGAAAGGAACACGUUGAUAUCGAUUUACACACAAGUAGACCAUGCAAGAUAUUGUGCGAAUUAGGAAAACUACUCGUUAAUUUUGAUUUUGGCUGUAGAAAUCUCUGAUUUCAUCACCUGGAAGCCAAUACAACUUCGUUAUCAUUCUAUUUACUAUACUAUAUUUAUUAUCUUGUAACCUCGGAAACCUUUUUUGGAUGGUGCUAGAAAGGUCACCAAUGGAGACACUGCGGACGGCAGCCAGAUGGUUGGUGGAGAGCGUGUCGUGGGUUCGAAACUAGCUUUUGGAACCGAGAAUGGAUCCAACUUAUGAAAUAAGUAAAGAUAGGAUAAGAGAUAUUAGAAAAGAUACAGAAAUAAACAAAAAGAUAGACGCGUAAAAUUACCAAAGAUACGAUAAGAUAGAAACAGGGCGCCACUGAAUUUUUUGGGGUUAAGGAAAGAAUUAAGAAACCUUAGAAAAAAUAAGAGACAAGGAAAGAUAUUUAGGUUCAGAGAUCAAACUCAAGAAAAGAUACCAACAGUUAAUUAUCAAAUAAAUUUGGUCAACACAUUACAUAAACAAAUAUUAAAUAUUACACUUACUUACCUAUGAAACUUAAUCAGCCUGAUCUUUCUACUUGUCAAAGGUAUAGUUAUAUUUAAGGGUAAAAGGCAAAUACUUAGAGUUACUAUUUUAUCAGGGAACUUGUUAGGAGCCGACAAAUAAAAUACAUACAUAAAACAAUCACAAUAUAUUCAACAACAAAAUUAUGACGUUGCUAAAUGCAACAGAAGUAAUAAAAGCACACCAACAACUAUAAAAUGGUGGUAUACAUAUAAAAAUAAGGAGUAAUAUAAUUAGAAAAUACCUUUACAAAGAUAUAUAAUACAAUCAUGUACAGAAAAAGUGUUAUGGGCGUACCUCGAGAUAUUACAAAAAAACUGAAUAAAAAUUAUAACAAACACAAAAGAUAACCAAAGCUAAAUUUACAAAAAUACAUAAAGGUUACAUACAUAAAACUUUAACCAAACCGCACUUGGUUUAGUCGAUUAGCUAUCUCACACUAUAAUUUAAUGAUAAACAGACUUAAAUGUUCAUAUUUACUACUUAUUGAAAUUUCUUGAAUUUAAUGAAAUGUUCUUUAAAUUGAAUAAAAAAAUCAGCAAUCUACAGGUGAAGAUAUGGAGGAACUCUAGAUACGUCCAGAUAAUUGCAGUUAAUAUGAUACUAUACCAUAUUAUUUGCCCAGAUUAUUGGAGAUACUAAGAUUAUGGUAACUUACAGUAAUUUCUGAUGACUGCUGCCUAAUUCACUGAAGUUAAAUACUGUACUUAAUACUUUACUUGUAUCAAACACUAAAUUUAAUUACCAUUAAAGGUACUUUAGAACUAUAUAUAAUCUAAUAUAGUAUCCUUACGUAAGUAGUCCUUACGCAAAGACUCACGAAAGAAGUCUCACGAGAUAUCGGCCUUUACUCAACAACGGUUCCCCGAGAAGUAACUUGGUUUUUCUAAAAUUUUACAAACUACCCAAGGAAAAAGAGGGGAUAUCUCCUACUUAGAAAUCGUAGGCCAGCCUGUAUCUAUUUCUGAGAAGGAACGAUUGUAACGACAUCGGAAAGUUUGAGGUAUUUACGGCAAUAAUAAUUGGACGUGAUCAGAAAUACAAUCCUUUGGAUUAUGUUAUUGUCAAAAGAUUACUACACGUGCCUUCGACGAAAAUUACCAAUUUAUGAAAAAGAACCCGCAUACCGAAAAGCAUUAGUUCCUUUCAUACUCGGGAUUAAGAAGGAAAAUAUUAACAACCUUUCUUAAUUAGGGAAAUUCUGCGCUAGUUUGCUAGGUAGAUGCUUUCUUCAUAUUUCGGUAGUUUUCAAUAAUAUUUUCUAAUCGUAAACACGAUCAUCGGCGUAUCAUCCACAUGGGUAAAAGGAAUUAAAAAUAAUUUAAUAUAUUAUUUUAAAAAAUGUUACAAUCUGUUUGGGAACAGAGCUUCUCCAAUUAACGUUUUCCACAUGUUUCUACCCUGCAUUAUACAAGUAAUAAUUCCUUGUUUUAUUUCUCUUUUAAUUUGCCAAUAUUUAUUGCAGUACGUUGUAUUUGAUAUUUUAGAGUUUACUUUUUGUGCCGGGUCCAGACCAAGCAGACAAAACGAAAACACAAUUCUGAAACAAAAACACG